AUGAGAAUACCCAGAAUCUUGUUUGUCUGCCACGACAAAUCAGGCUGCUCCCAAAUUGCAGCUGGUUACGUCAAACUUCUCUCUCGCGACUACAUCAGAGCCUCGUCGGCCGGGCCAGCUCCAGCUGAAUUCAUCGACCCUAUUGUCGUCGAGGUUAUGAUUGAAGAUGGAGUCUAUCUCACUGGCGACGUGCCCAAGCCUCUUACCACCGAUGUUAUUCGAAGCAGCGACGUUCUUAUAACUUUCAAAUGUCCUGAUGCCUGCCCUUUCUUCGCCGGAGUGCACCGUUGCGACCGGGGGGAUCCCCAACCCUGCUGGUAA